ACUUAAAUCAAAUAUUGACAUAAUUCUGGUUUUUUGUUGUUGAAAAUUUGGUUUUUCAUUCAUUCAUUUGACAAUUUCGUACAACACAGAUACUUUUAAAAAAACUUCCACAACAAAACAAAAAUGGAUGAUGCUCCUGGUUCGUCACAGGAUCAAGAUUUUUCCAAAUUUUCCAUUGAAGAUCGUAUUCAACAUAAGAAUUGGAAAGCAAGACUUUCAGGUUAUGAAGAAUUGAUACGAUUAUUUCCACAAUAUGAAGAUCGUGAAUUUCAACGUUAUGCACCAUUAGUGAAAAAAUUUGUGAUCGAUACAAAUGCAGCAGCACAGGAAAAAGGUCUUGCUGCAACAUUAGCAUUUGUUGAUUAUUGUCCACAAGCUGGUAAAUAUGUUGAAAAUAUUGUUGCCGGUGUUGCAACCAAAUGUUUAACAGCAACACGUGCACGAACUAAAGAAUUAGCAUCCGAUGUUGUAUUGAUGUGCGUUGAAAUUGAACGACAAGAUAUUGUUGUUGAAGAAUUGAUUAAAGCAUUGGAACAAAAAACACCGAAAAAUGUUGCCGCUACUAUUGCAAUGAUACGUAAAUGUUUAAAUCAAUUUGGUUAUAAAGUAAUUAGUUUGAAACCAAUUGUACCGAUAUUGGCCAAACUUCUUGAAGAACGUGAUCCAAAUGUUCGUGAAGAAACUAAACAAUUAACCAUUGAAAUAUAUCGUUGGAUUAAAGAUGCACUUGUACCACAGCUUAGUUUAUUAAAGCCAAUAUUAUUGCAAGAAUUACGAAUAGAAUUUGAUAAAUAUAAAGAUAUGAAAGCAACACCUGAACGUUUGUUACGAUCACAACAACAAAGACAAGCAGAAGAAUUAGAUUCCGCUACUGGAACAGCUAAUGAUGAUGCAACAGUUGGUGAUAAUAAUGGUGGUGGUCUUUCAGAAGCUGAUGCUGAAAUAGAUCCAUUUGAUUUACUUGAACCAUUUGAAUUAUUAACGAAAUUACCGGGAGAUUUUUAUACAUUAAUCGAAGCAAAAAAAUGGUCCGAACGUAAAGAUGGAAUGGAAAAAUUACAACAAUUAUUGGAAGCUAAUCCUAAAUUAGCUACAAAUGGUGAUUAUACAGAAUUAGUAAAACAAUUGAGAAAAAUUAUUGCAAAAGAUACGAAUAUUGUUGUUGUUACAUUGGCCAUUAAAUGUCUUGGACAAUUAGCACAAGGAUUGAGAAAAACAUUUCAUCAUCAUGCUGGUCAAUCGGUUCCAGUUUUAUUGGAAAAAUUUAAAGAAAAAAAACAAAAUGUUGUACAAUCAUUACGUGAUGCUAUCGAUGCUGUUUAUCUUUCGACAAAUCUAGAAGCCAUAAGUGAAGAUAUAAUAACAUCAUUAGAUAAUAAAAAUCCAUCAAUACGUAGUGAAACGGCAUUAUUUUUGGCACGUAGUUUUACCAAAACAAAUCCACAUACUAUUCAGAAAAAAUUAUUAAAAACAUUAACAACAGCAUUGUUGAAAACAUUAUCCGAUCCGGAUGCUGUUGUACGUGAAUCAUCAGCCGAAGCUUUAGGAACAGCAUUAAAAGCACAAGGUGAUCGUAAUAUGAUACCAUUAUUAGAUGGUUUGGAACAAUUGAAAAUGACAAAAAUUGAAGAAUAUCGUGAUAAAGCUGAGGUGAAAAAAUUUGCUGCACCACCACCACCAACUCAAACCAAUUCAGCUAAAACAUCGGCUUGUGUAAAGCCAAAAACAGCACCAGCCGGUAAAAAAGCAACAAUAAGUAGACCUGUUGCAAAAACAAUGCCAAAAAAUGUAUCCAGUGAAUCACUUGAUGAUCUUGAUCUUCCACCACCACCACAACAAUCACAAUCAGCCGGUACAACAAAAAUGAAAUCGAAAAUUGCUGGAACAGCUAAAUCUCGAAUUGGUGCCAUUAAUUCGGCAAGUGGUUCUGGUUCAGAUAAUCAAUCUACAACAAAAUCAAUUCGUAGUGGUGGUAUUACUAAAACUUCAAGUGGAUCACGUCUUAAGAAAGGUUCAUCAACAUCUAAUUUACGUGCUGGUGGUGGUAAUGGUGAAUCUGGUUCGGCUAGUUCCAUUGCUUCAGGUUCAACAUCAUCGGCAAAGAAAACCGGUCAAAAUGAAUCCGAUUCACAAGGUCCAUUAAUGAAUGGACAAUUGAAAGCAAAAGAACAACGAUUUGCUGAUGAAAAAGCAUUGAAAGUUUUACGUUGGAAUUUUACUACACCACGUGAAGAAUUUUAUCAACUUCUUCGUGAACAAAUGACUGUAGCCGAAUGGCAACCACAAUUGAUUACUUAUUGUUUUCAUUCGGAUUUUAAAUUUCAUAUCAAAGCUAUUGAUUUGAUGAGAGAUUUUUUUCAUAAAAAUUCAUCCGAAGAUAAUCCGAUUGUUAUUGCUAACUUGGAUUUAAUUCUCAAAUGGUUUGCCUUAAGAUUUUUCGAUACAAAUCCAUCGGUCAUUACUAAAGCAUUGGAAUUAUUGUUGGUUAUAUUCAGUAUCUGUGCUGAUCCAUAUCAAUAUCAAUUAUCGGAUAUGGAAGCCAAUUCUUUUCUACCAUAUUUGGUAUUGAAAUUUGGUGAUCCAAAAGAUGCUGUUAGACAUAAAGUGCAUGAUAUUAUUGCCAAAAUGCGAAAUAUUUAUUCGGCAUCAAAAAUAUUUGGCCAUCUUUUUACUGGACUUCAAUCGAAAAAUUCUCGUCAAAGAGCAACUUGUUUGGAAGAGAUUGGUCAACUUAUUGAACAACGUGGAAUGUCAAUAUUUCAGCCACCAAAUAGUUUAGCUAUGAUUAAAGAUUUGGCUAAAUUUAUUUCCGAACGUGAUAAUGGUGUACGAAAUGGUGCUUUAUCCUGUAUUGUACAGGUAUAUUUUCUCGAAGGUGAACGUGUAUUCAAAUUGAUUGGUUCACUUUCGGAUAAAGAUAUGAGUCUUGUUGAAGAACGAAUAAAACGUGCAUCGAAAAAUCGUCCACCACCAUCGGCUAAUUCAGCUCAAACUCAACAUUCGAAUCAUACAUCAGAACCUUCACAAUCAAAUGGUGGUACCGCAACAUCCGGAUUGCCAACAAUAUCUGGUCGUAUAGGUACUAAUGGUAGUCGUGGUAGUGGUCUUGCAGCACCUACAGAUUUUGAAGGAUCAAAAAUGACACCACCAUCAAAUUCUUCAAAUCUUUUAUAUGAUGGUGCAACAUUAACUAAAUCAUCAAAAACACCAUCAAAUCUAUUACGUCGUGGCCAAAGUGGUGGAAAUUUUACUCCAUCUCGUCUUCGUACUCAAUUACAACAACCACAACAAGAAUUAAAAUUUUCAACACCACCGCCGCCUACAACAAGACCAUUUUCAACAACAACAACUACUACUACAGAUACUGAAACUGAAUCAGAAACAAUGAUUGUUCCAACAAAAAAUGGUGUUGAUCAUCAUCCUGGAAUAUUAUCAUCAGCAACUUCUGAUUCGUAUGUAUCGAAUAAUCACCGAUUAACAAGUGGAACAGAAACUUCAGAUGUUUAUACAACUGAUGAUGAUAAUAAUGAUAAUGAAUUACAACAACGUAUCAAACAUGCAUUAAAUUUGCCCGAAUCUAUUCGUUAUCGUCCAACAAAUAGAUCAUCACCAUCAACUAAUGCUUCUACUGUUCGUUCAUCAAGUUCAGAUUCGAAUCGUUCGAAUGGUCAUAUUACACCAUUACGAAUGAAUGGUGGCAUCAAUCAUAGAUCACCAACGAAUUUAAAUCCCGAAUUAUUAAGAAAAUUUAAUCAAUUAUUUCAACAACUUGGAUCUGCUGAUCUUCAACAAGCUAUCGAAGCAGCCCAAUUAUUAAAUGUUGCCAUGAAAGAUUUAGAUAAUAAUCAACGAUAUUUGGAACCGAAAAUUGAUCAACUAAUUAUUCUCUGUAAUAAACAAUUUCGUUUAUUUCUAUCGAAUCAUUAUCCACCAGAACAACAACAAACAACCGAUGAAAAUUGUGAUGCCGAAUCAAGUGAUGAUCAAUUAUUGGCUGAACGUCGUGAACGUGCCAUACAUCUAUUUCGAACAAUUUCAUCUUUAUUGAACAAAGUAUUUCGUUCACCAUUAGGAAAAUUAGUUAGCCGUGAUACUGUUCGUGAAUUGAUCACUCAUCUACUUAGUUAUUUUGCUGGUAUGCGUCAUAAUCAAACUAUAUUCAAUUCAACCAAUUAUUUGAUCGGUAUUAUAAUGGCUGGUGCUGAUGCUACAAAUCUAUUUGCUGCAUUAAUACGUAUGUUACAUGAUUAUGUUGGUUCACCAAGUGUUGAACAAUCGGAUAAAUAUCUUGGUAUAACAAUGAAAUUUUUAUGGCGUGUAACAAAAACAUUGGAAGAACGUUAUUAUGAACAUUUAAAUAUUGAUCAAAUUCUUUAUGAAUCUCAUUUAUUUUUCAAAAGUUAUCCAAGAUCAUGGUGGAAUUUAAAUCAUAAAGAUGAUCUACCAUUACGUACAAUCAAAACGCUUCUAUUUUUUAUUGUAAGCCUUAAAGGUGAUGCAAUAUUGGAUCAUUUUACACUCAUACAGAAUAAAGAUGAAUCAGAAUUAUCAUAUUAUGUUCAGAAAGCAUUACGACAAAAAUUUGAUAAAUCAGGUACAACUAAUUCAACAGCAACAUCAACACCACAACAAUCAUCAUCAGUAUCAUUGUUAAAUGAUUCAAAAUUAGAAGUAAAAAGUCCAUUAACCGUAUUCGAUAAUAAUGGAGCUACGAAUGGUGAAGAAAAUCAUAUUCAUCAUUCACCACAACAACAACAAUGUCGAAUUCCCGAAUUAAUACAUCGAACAACAAUGAAAGAUUUUCCACUUCGUGUACGACAGAUUAAUAAUACUGAAAUCGAUUCGACAACAACAACAACCAUACCAAUCAUUGAUAAUAAUGAAGAUUUACAAGUUUAUUGUGAUCAUACAGCUAAACAAUUACAGAUAAAUGAAUUACGUUAUGAAAAAUUUCGUAAUUAUUAUCAAUCACAACAACAACCAAUACGAAUACGUAAAAUUGAUGAUGGAAAACGUUCUGUAGAAUUAGCUAAACAACGUUUGGAACAUUUUAAAACCUAUCUUAAUAAUAAUAAUAAUAAUAAUGAUAAAAAUAAUCAGCCAUCAUCAAAUCAUUGAAGAAGAAAAAAAUUCACUCAUAUUCUACACCAUCAAACCAACCACAACUAUUCACCCACCUUUCCUGACAAUUUUGGUCUUUCACAUUCUCUUCAACAGAAAAAAUCACUAUAUUUAAAUUUUUUUUCUCUUUGU